GCUUUGUUGGUCCAUUCACAAUCUUAGAAACGGUCUCCUCUGGAGUGAAUUGAAAACAGAAGCGCGGUAUCAGAAGAGGCAUGGGAAUGAACAGAAGCAUAGCUGCGGUUUUACUUUUGACACUGGGCAUACUUGUCUGCGAGGGGGGUAAUCCUUGCUGCUCCCAACCAUGCCAAAACCGCGGUGUGUGUACAGCUAUGGGAGCUGAUGACUACGAGUGCGACUGUACGCGCACAGGAUAUUACGGCCAGAACUGCACCACACCUGAAUUUUUCACGUGGAUAAAAAUCACACUGAAGCCGACCCCCAACACGGUGCAUUACCUUCUCACCCAUUUCAAAGGACUCUGGAACAUUAUCAACAACAUUUCUUUCCUCAGAGACGCUAUCAUGAAAUAUGUGCUGACAUCUCGAUCUCAUCUGAUUGACAGCCCACCAACCUACAAUGCAGACUAUCACUACAAAAGCUGGGAAUCUUACUCCAAUCUCUCCUACUAUACCCGCACCCUGCCUCCGGUCCCCAAAGACUGUCCUACCCCAAUGGGGGUAGUAGGAAAGAAGGAGUUACCGGACGCUACCCUGCUGGCUGAGAAGCUGCUCCAGAGGAGGGCCUUCAUCCCCGACCCCCAGGGAUCCAGCCUGAUGUUUGCCUUCUUCGCCCAGCACUUCACCCAUCAGUUCUUCAAGUCGGACAUGAAGAAAGGACCUGCCUUCACCAAAGCCCAGGGUCACGGGGUGGAUCUUUCUCAUAUUUACGGGGACACCUUGGAGAGGCAGCACAAACUCAGACUCAUGAAGGACGGCAAGAUGAGAUAUCAGGUGGUGGACGGAGAGGUGUACCCCCCUCUGGUGAGCGAGGUCGGUGUGGAGAUGCACUACCCCCCUCACAUCGCCCAAUCAGAUCGCUUCGCCGUGGGACACGAGGCGUUCGGAUUGGUCCCGGGAUUGAUGAUGUAUGCCACGAUUUGGCUGCGUGAACACAAUCGUGUGUGUGAUGUCAUGAAGGAGAUCCAUCCUGACUGGGAUGAUGAUAGGCUCUUCCAGACCGCUCGUCUCAUUCUGAUUGGUGAGACCAUCAAGAUCGUAAUCGAGGACUACGUCCAGCACCUCAGCGGUUACAACUUCAAGCUCAAGUUCGACCCAGAGCUUCUCUUCAAGCAGCAGUUCCAGUACCAGAACCGUAUUUCAUCCGAGUUCAACACCUUGUAUCACUGGCACCCUCUCAUGCCUGACAGCUUCCUCAUCGAGGACCAGGAGUACAACUACAAGCAGUUUGUCUUCAACACGUCAGUGGUGACGGAGCACGGCAUCAAUCACCUGGUGGAUUCCUUCACCAAGCAGGUGUCUGGACGGGUGGCCGGAGGCCGGAACGUUCCAGGAGCAGUCAUGUACGUGGCCAUCAAAUCCAUCGAGAACAGCAGGAAGAUGCGCUAUCAGUCCCUCAACGCAUACAGGAAGCGAUUCUCCAUGAAACCCUACAGCUCCUUCGAAGACAUAACAGGAGAGAAGGAGAUGGCUGGACUGCUGGAGGAAAUGUAUGGACAUGUGGAUGCUGUGGAACUCUACCCAGGCCUGCUGGUGGAGAAGCCUAGAGACAACGCCAUAUUUGGGGAGACGAUGGUUGAGAUGGGAGCCCCUUAUUCCCUGAAAGGUCUGAUGGGAAACCCCAUCUGCUCUCCAGAGUACUGGAAGCCCAGCACCUUUGGUGGCAGCGUGGGCUAUGAUAUCGUUAACACGGCCUCACUGCAGAGGCUAGUAUGCAACAACGUCAAGGGCCCGUGUCCCGUGGCGUCCUUCCAAGUGCCUGAUGUAAAAGAAACAGGGUCCUUCACCAUCAACUCAAGCACAGCACAGGCGGUUGGGAGGGAGGUCAAUCCAACUGUCAUUCUGAAAGAAAGGUCAACUGAGCUAUAACACUUAGAUUUGAGAUUUGUGGUUAAAAUGAUUUAUUUAUAUAUAUAUUUAUUGUAUUUAUACAAGUCUAGAUUUGUUGCAAUAUUUUUUUAUACAUAUUUUGUACAGAUUUAGUCAAUUUAGAUAGAUUCUUGUCUUUGUUGUAUUUAUAAGUGUUUAUUUAUUGUAUUUUGGACCUCUGAACUGCACUGUUAUUAAUAUUUGUUAUGUUUUUUAAUUUAUUUUUUAAAUGUUUCCAUCAGAAAGAUCUCUAACAUAAAUACUUGAAUUAUCCGACAAUUUAUAGUUUACAAUCUAACUGUUACAUUCCACCUGCCAUUGUAAAGCUAAUAACAUAGUUUGAUGAGAAACUGAAAACAAAGCCUAAGUUGAUUCUGUACUGAUUUACAAAAUGUUAUUUUUGCACAGCAAUGUCCCCAUAAGUGUCUUAAAGUGUUUUAUCCUCUGUUGUACUGCCUUUCAGAUGUGAUAAAUAAAACAGUUGG